AUGUUGUGCUCUUGUGAGAAAGGUCAUCUUGUGCUAAUGGGAGAUAAGUCAUUUUGUGCUGGUGUCAAGUCAGAAGCCAAUAUUUCGAGAGGCGUGGUGUUAGACUGUACAUCAACACUUCGCACGUAUUGUUGGUGGUUAAACUGUAUUCAGUUCCAUGUUGUUGCUUCCUGGUGUUCGUGUUGUUUGGGCUGUAUAUGUGCUGCUGAUGUUGUUGCUCUUGCAGUUGUUGGUUGUCACGAGGUGGAGGUGGAAGCAGACGGACAAGAAGCUUCAUUUAAGUGGGAGAAAUGUCAGAAGAAUGUGGGUCACGUUAAUUUUAUCAAACCUGUAGAAUUCUCAAUGAGCCACCUGCCGGCGGCACAUGAUGAUGAUGACAUCUACACUUACAUCAAGUUGUGGUCCCAGCUGGUGGUCAGGCUCAAGGUCAACUAUAUCAGCAGACGGCGUCAUCAAGGUUACGCCUUUCACAACUUCCGGGGCAGACGAACGGGCAAGGUUGCAGAGAUAUCUACGGUGACCAACAGCCCGUGUCCUUGUCCAGAAUGUCGCAACUCUAACAGUCCAAAAACAGUGUGGAAGGCCAUCUGGAUCAUGUCUGCCAUGCACGUCGUGUUCGAUGACUCGGAAGUGGUGGAGACUGAUGCAGAACUUUUCUAUGACGAGCCAGACAACAGUGAUGGAGUCAGGAAGCUGCAUGGGGUUCGGAUUGUAGACGCCAACAUCAGAGGUGACUGGAGCAAGUUCGAGUGCGCCACGCACGACCUUGAACUCGGCCAGCUCUUGGAAGACAUCGACGCUAAAGUUCUCCAGCUAGGGGAGAUCAUCAGAGAAAAACAUCUGGCUCACAAAUUUCCUCCCUUGGCAGUGAUCGCCUCCCAUCCUCACGGGUGCUCCAAGCGAAUCACAGUGGGACAAUGGACAGACAGAAAGCUGGUAAAGAACCCGGAGGAAAAUUACGAGUGGACAGAAUAUGUGUACACAACAUCCACAUGUACGGGCUGUAGUGGGGCGCCUGUGUGGAUCAUCGGGCCCCAGAGGGACCACUACUCGUACAACUACUACAGCCAUGUACACAGUGAGGGCCUCAAGUCGGGCCUCAACAAGAGUGGUGCCGGUGACGUGGAAAAGCGAUGGGAUGAAAACUAA